UCCACACACAGGCCAAGUCCUUCCUGAGUGUUACACACACGAAGCGAGGCGAAAGUUAGAGGGCUGGGCUACCCUCGCGUUCACUUAUUUGUUGUGUAAGGAGUCAAAAAAAAGGGAUUUGAUUUAUUGAAUACUUUAUUACAUUCUUUUAGUCAUUUCACACCGACCAAAACAAAUGUCUGUUUUAACACUGGAAGCGAAAUUAGAACGUACUGAUAGUUCAACGCCAUGGGGUUUUCGUAUGCAAGGUGGAAAGGAUUUUAGUAGCCCGUUGACUAUCCAAAAGGUCAACCCAGGGAGCCUGGCCUCCAAAUGUGGUCUUCAAGUGGGCGACAUUAUACUUAAGAUCGGGAACACCUCCACUGCAGAGCUCCGUCACAAGGAGGCUCAGAGCACAAUCCUAGACUGUGGAAACCAUUUGGAUCUUCUGCUACAGAGAAUUCGAGAGAGCAACCAGGCCAAUGGCUGGGGAGGCACACCUGCUUAUGAUAGAUUCAAUGGACCCCAGAUCACCUCCACCUGGACACCACAGCCACAGGCCCCUCCACCACCCCCACCUUCUCAGAAUUUUAACACCGCCCCUCGACCAUUUGGUACGUCAAGUGUCAGCUAUGAAACUAAUCUCUCUCAGCAAACUUCUAAUUUGUCUUUAUCAAGUGAGCCUAAAGAAUCCCCACCUUUCCAAAGUGCGGCAGAAAAAUAUGCGGAGAGAGACGAGCCACCAGACCCAGCCCAGCACCAGUCUAAAUCUUUCAAAUAUUUGGCUAACCUGAUGGAGGAAGGAAGAGAGUUGAACACAGCCCUAAAGCCACGAGUCGCCCCGACUUCUGCUACUAACAAGCCAGAACCUCCCCGGGGUCCCUCCCCUACUCCUAUAGGGCCUGGCAGCCGACCGGGCACUGUCAAGGCCAUUGUGUCUCAGAGGUACAACAACCCAAUAGGACUUUACUCCAAUGAAAACGCUGCCACACAGUUUGAAGGCCAGAGUAAAUUUCUGGUUGACAAAGAAGAAGCCUCUGGUCUCAUUGAGGAUCUCCCGCCACCUCCCCCUCCUCUCAAUGAGAGUGAGUACGAUGAGCUUGGUAGAAAAAGGUAUAUCCCUUCAGAAACCUACCGACUUGUCUUGGAAGAAACUGGGCUUUUGCCCAAAGAUGACGAGCCCAAAGUUGCUCACUCACGCACAUUUAAAAAAUUGGAACAACAGUUAAACAGUGCUGGAAAUACAUCGAGCUAUGUGCCCCCUUACAAACCUGUGACAACUCCUACUUUCACUCCAUCCACUCCUGUGUACCAACCUCCGCCACCACCCCCACCACCAGUGGCGUCUGCUCCUAAGCCUUGGGCACCAGCCCCAGCUCCGAUAAGCAACCCCACUCCCAAGCCUUUUGGUUCAACGGCUGCCCCGAAGCCCACUGGACAGGGAGCUACAAGAGGUAAAAAAGGAGAUGCCGCCAUGAACCCAGCUGCUCUGCCCUCUAUUGGUCGCAUCCCAUUGUGCUCUGGAUGUAACAUGCCGAUCAGAGGUCCAUUUGUUACUGCCCUAGGCAAGUGUUGGUGCCCUGAUCACUUUGUCUGUGCCAACCCUCAGUGUGGUAUUAAACUUCUGGAUAUUGGCUUUGUGGAGGAAGGAGGCUUCCUGUACUGUGAGAGAGAUUAUGCCAACUAUUUUGCCCCUCAUUGUGAUAGGUGUGGCAAAGCUGUCAUUGGUGAGUGUUUAACUGCUUUGAACAAGAGUUACCACCCUGAGUGCUUCACUUGUACCCAAUGUAGACAACCCAUAGGUGGCACCAAGUUCCACAUUGAGGAUGGAAAGUUCUACUGCGAAGCUGACUGGGCUGCUAUGUUCCAGACCAUGUGCUCAGGAUGUAACUUCCCCAUUGAGCCUGGGGACAGAUGGGUUGAAGCUUUAGGGAAAAACUUUCACUCUGAAUGUUUUAAUUGUGCGACAUGUCAAGUAAAUCUGGAAGGGCAACAGUUUUGUGCCAAAGGGGGCAAACCUUUCUGCAAGAAACAUGCCCGCUAGGAUGACUGAACUCAAAAUAGAGAACAAAUAAAAAAAAAAAAGUUUUAGACGUUUAAAUUAAUAAAGACAAGAUGAUAACCAUUAGUUUCCUAUGUACAUAAACAUAUAAACUUGUCAUGAUAACUUAAAGUACUAGUGAAUGUGACUAUUCAGGAUGUCGGAGAGUGCAUUUAGUCAAAAGACAAUAGUCCUGUAAUGUGUGUAGUUUUAAUACUGUAGACUACUGUAUGGGGAGUGGUCUUCAUGAAUAGCAUGCUGGUAAAUCUUAAAAGAAAUUGGGGGAGGGGGGUAUUUACUUUUAGGCAUGACCUAAUCAGUCUUUGUAACCCUUUAUACACAUAUAUACAUAUAUUCUUUUCAUGCAGGCAGACUGCGUUUAAUUUUCCUCAAAGUCCUUGCAUGAUAAGCACAACGUGUUGUAGGCUUUUUUGUUUGUUUCUUGCACUUGAAAGAGUCCUGACCUGAUGACAUUACUUAACGUUCUGGUGUGCUAGGUGUCGUGCAGUGUUUCUCCUGUGUUCAUGAAGCUGGGUUUUUCAGUUUCUGAAAAAUACUUAUAAAGAUUUAGUACAAUUAUUGUACACGUAAUUAGUAAAUUAAGAUGUACAGUACACAUACAUCCUUCUUGUGGCAAGGUUUGUUGGUUUGCAUUGCUUAUUUUAUUAUAAAGCUAUUUCAGUACAAGAAACUUUCCAUUCAACUAGUUAAAUUACAGUUUCCUAGCAUGCUGCAUCAACCUUAUUGGGAUAAUAACUUAUAAAUAUUGACAGUACAUAUGUAUUAGUUUUUUUUUAUUUCUACUAUGAUAUAUUUUGUCUAAUCAUCAAGAUUUUUAAUUCCUCUUAUACAAAUUAAGGUUUAAAAAUGUGAGAAUGUUUAUUCACAUAGAUCUAAAAGUAUUUAUAUCUUUUUACUAAAAGUAUUGGAAAAUUGGAAAAAUUUGCAUUUAAUAAAGAUGAAUUUAAUAAAAAGGUAAAUAUAAUCAAGUAAGUUAAAACUAAAUGUUGGUUUGCAUAAUUCAUUCAAUUGUGUGUUCUUCCAGUUUGAAUUGUCUCAACAGUUUUGUCCUCAAUACUCUUACCUGCAUAUAUUAAUUCAUGGUAUAGAUCUAAAGAUGUAUAUGAAAAAAAACACAAAAAAACUAGCAUAACGAAACAAAAGAGUGUUUAAUCCCUAUAUUUUGUUUCUGCAGUAUACCUUUGAGUCAACUCCACCGUAUAGAAUAGUUCCCAGAGAUUGUCUGUAGAUCUUUGGUUGCAGCGCUACCCUGUGCAAUCCAAACCAUGACAUCUGACCUGUUGUAGCUACCAGAAAAUGAUUUUGACAAUAACUUUUUAUUACUUGUCUCAAAUUGAAAUUUUUCACUGAACACAAUAGAGAAGUUUCAAUUGUAACUAUUUGUAGUUACAAUUUUACAUAUCUGAAUCAUCAUUAUUAUAUUUUUGUUAUUGUCACAUAAAUAGUGUUACAACAAAACUCAGUUUAACUUUAAUGUCAAACAACUUAAAAUAUCUGCUCUCUAUACCUGCACUAUGCUUUAUAAUUUAUGAUUCAUUGAAAAAUAUUUUUAUGAAGAUUUAAUUUUAUAUUUCUAAUUAUAUGAUUUUGAACUUUGUUAGCAAUUUAAAUCUUUCACAAUUUUUUUUAUAAGCAUUCAAUAACAAAGUUUACUUUUCAAACUGUGAUAACAAAAAAAUGCUUGUGGUUACAUAUCUCUGUUUUGUGGUCAUGUUCAACAAACCUUUGAUGACUGGCAUAAAACUAAAUCUAUCUGUACAUAUGAUAUGAACUGCCUUCACUGAAUAAAAUACUAAAUUAAAGAAUUCCCUUGUGUUACCGUCAGUCUGUUACUGUCAGUCAGUUCCAGUCAGUCAAUGUCCGUUGUGUGAAGAAUGUAUGUUUGUUUUGAUCUCUUCUAAAUAAUUCAAUGUUUUCUUAGAUGUGAGUGGGGUAGAAGUAAAGUUGUAUUUUGAUUGAUCCACUGUUACUAUGACUAAGUGUACACUGCUGUUCAAUUGCUGUGCCUGUCAUGGCAUUAGUUUGAAAUUGUUAUCCACUGGCUGAGUCAAUUGGACAUGUUAUUAUGACUGAGUGAAUAGCUUACAGAAAUGUACACUGAUGUGCUGGAAAAUAAAUGUGUAGGAUUAUAACCAAUAUACAGUCUAUUAUGUCUUAAUGUUUAUACCAAAUGAUUUGGCCAGCUGGUCACUAUAUUUACAUCACAUGGUCGCUUAUUGUAUUCAUAUUAUCUUUUUAUGAUAUUUCUAGAGCAUGAGAUCUAUGGCAAUGAGUUUAUAAAUAUAUUGUCUUGAAGUAUUUGAGCCAAGUCCCUUUACCCUUCUACUCUUGAGUUUUGGUUUCGGGAAUUCCCUUUUUAUACUGACCAAAAAAAAUGAUGACUGACUAAAUUUGAAUAGUGCUGUGUUUAAGAGCCAAUGUAAUUUCAGUGUAUCUUUAGAAAAGGUUUUUAAUAAUUCAAUACUACAUCUAUGUGUAGCCUUUACGACAUAUUUUCAAAUAAAUGUUUAUUUAACCAAUCGAUGGAUGUUAAGAAGUUGGCAAUGUGUGUUUUAUUUAAUUUACAUUGCGAUGCAUUGCUCCAUAGUAGCAGGCGACAAUGUUGAAUUAUGGCAUUUUUAUCUAGAUCUAACAUUUUAAGUUGAUUCUCGAUGUCCUAUUGAUCCAUUCUGAACAUUUUGAACUUCAUCUCCUUAUAACUUGCACGCUGUGUGAUCUUAAUACACUUUAAAAAAAAUUAAAGCAUUAAAAUAUUGCUCCUAAAAAUUUUACAUUCAGUUUUUUUUUUUAGAUUUCUUAGUAAAAUUGUUGAAAGUGUUAAAACUUUGCACUUCUUCAGAGUAUCCUUUAUGUCUGUACUCUCUUAUUCUGCUAAUAAAAAUUUCCGCUUCCAGCUUUGGAUGGCUGCCUGGUUGUGCGGUUUGCUCGCUGGACUGUCGUUCGAAUUUAUCGAUGGUCGAGGGUUCAAAUCCUGCCCGCUCCCAUCCUCCGUGGUCUUGCGGAAGGUUUGGACUAGGAAGUAAACUAUCUUCAACUCUGAAGGAACAUCCGAAACAUGUAAAACAUUUUACAAAAAUUUUAUUUUACAAAUAAGUUUGUUGAAAAUUAUCAGAGGAUCAAAUUAACAAUGGUGACUAAAUAUUUUCCUAAUAACAAGUCAUUAACAACAAGCAUUCAGCAAAGAACGAAAUAUAAAAGUAUGAUAGACUGUUAAAUAGAUCAUACCUAGGACUAGGUGCAAAUUAAGUAGUCUAUGUCAAAAAUAUCCUCUCUGGGCAUAACAAGUAUAUAAAAUAAAAUGUUUGAAUUAAGAACUAAUGUAUAUGCCAGGAGGUUCUUUUUUAUUUCAUGCAAAAAAACAAAACAACAUAAAAAUACACAUCAUAAAAAAAGUAUUCUUCAAAUAUUAGAAUGUGCAAACUUCUUUCCAAAAACAUUAUUGUUUAGGAUCAAUGUGUUAAUUUCGUUGUUUAUCAUAAACUUUAUGUAAAUUACAAUCUAUGUCAAAAGUUUUCAAGGCAAUAUUAAUUGUUUCUGUAAAGAUGAAAAGAAAAGAAAGAUUUUAAAAUUGUAAAUUUAGUUUGUUAUUUAGCAGAGAUGAACUAUUAUUAUUAUGCACAUGACCCUUCUUAUUUUAAUACUCUAUCUGUAGGUGUCACUGUGAUUCUAUAGGCAACUAAUCCUUUUUUUUUGUUUCACGAAAAACUAAUUCUGAUAUCUUAAAGUCCACACGUUCAUGUUUUUAUAACAAUCUUUGCUUUGUUGUCUUUGUGAUUUGUAGAUAGUUGACUACUGAUGUUAUCUUCUGCUUACUUAGAACACCAGAGUAGAUGCCCCUUGUGGCCUUGCUGUUUAUUCUUUUACUUACACUUUCACCAUAGCCAAUUAAUAAUAUGCAAAUUUAUUACUAUUAUUUGAAUGUGAUGUAAACAUUUCUUUUUUUGUGGUGCUAUUUAAUGUAAGAUAAACAUAUCUGAAAUAGUUUUUUCAAAGACAGAAAUUUAUUUUGAUUAUGUUUUGUUAUUGCAUAUUUAUAAUGUCUUCCUGUUUUUGGUUUAUUUUUAAGUACUUUAGGUCAUAGAUCUAUGAAAUUUAAUAAACUUUUCUCCCAGUAAUAGAAAAUUAA